GCUCCGGGUAGACGAUGCUGAAGAUGCUCUCGUUUAAGCUGCUACUGCUGGCCGUGGCUCUGGGCUUCUUUGAAGGAGAUGCCAAGUUUGGGGAAAGGAGCGAAGGGAGCGGAGCGAGGAGGAGAAGGUGCCUGAAUGGGAACCCCCCGAAGCGCCUGAAAAGGAGAGACAGGCGGAUGAUGUCCCAGCUGGAACUGCUGAGUGGAGGAGAGAUCCUGUGUGGUGGCUUCUACCCACGAGUAUCCUGCUGCCUUCAGAGUGACAGCCCAGGAUUGGGGCGUCUGGAGAACAAGAUCUUUUCUGCCACCAACAACACAGAAUGUGGCAAAUUACUGGAGGAGAUCAAAUGCGCUCCUUGCUCGCCACACUCCCACAGCCUGUUCUACUCGCCUGAGAGAGAUGUCCUGGAUGGAGAUCUAGUACUUCCACUCCUCUGCAAGGACUACUGCAAAGAAUUCUUUUAUACUUGUCGGGGCCAUAUUCCAGGUCUUCUUCAAACAACUGCUGAUGAGUUUUGCUUCUACCAUUCGAGAAAAGAUGGCGGCCUGUGCUUUCCAGAUUUCCCAAGAAAGCAAGUCAGAGGGCCGGCAUCUAACUACUUGGACCAGAUGGAAGAAUACGAGAAGGUGGAGGAGCUAAGCAGAAAACACAAACACAACUGCUUCUGUGUCCAGGAGGUUGUGAGUGGGCUGCGGCAGCCUGUGGGUGCUGUGCACAGUGGGGACGGAUCCCAGCGCCUCUUCAUUCUAGAGAAGGAAGGGUAUGUGAAGAUUCUAACCCCAGAAGGAGACGUUUUCAAGGAGCCUUACUUGGACAUUCACAAACUUGUUCAAAGUGGAAUAAAGGGAGGAGAUGAAAGGGGCCUGCUAAGCCUUGCAUUCCAUCCCAAUUACAAGAAAAAUGGAAAGCUGUAUGUGUCUUACACCACCAACCAAGAGCGGUGGGCUAUCGGGCCUCAUGACCACAUUCUUAGGGUUGUGGAAUACACAGUGUCCAGGAAAAAUCCCCAUCAAGUUGACGUGAGAACAGCCAGGGUGUUUCUGGAAGUUGCCGAACUCCACCGAAAGCAUCUUGGAGGGCAGCUGCUCUUUGGUCCUGAUGGUUUUUUGUACAUCAUCCUUGGGGAUGGUAUGAUCACGCUGGAUGACAUGGAGGAGAUGGAUGGGUUAAGUGAUUUCACAGGCUCUGUGCUGAGGCUAGAUGUGGACACCGACAUGUGCAAUGUGCCUUAUUCCAUACCACGGAGCAACCCCCACUUCAACAGCACCAACCAGCCCCCAGAAGUGUUUGCCCACGGGCUCCAUGAUCCAGGCAGAUGUGCCGUGGAUCGACAUCCCACUGAUAUAAACAUCAAUUUAACAAUACUUUGCUCAGAUUCCAAUGGGAAAAACAGAUCAUCGGCCAGAAUCCUACAGAUAAUAAAAGGGAAGGAUUAUGAGAGUGAGCCGUCACUUUUAGAAUUCAAGCCAUUCAGUAAUGGUCCUUUGGUUGGCGGAUUUGUUUACAGAGGGUGCCAGUCUGAAAGAUUGUAUGGAAGCUAUGUGUUUGGAGAUCGUAAUGGGAAUUUCUUAACCCUCCAGCAAAGUCCAGUGACCAAGCAGUGGCAAGAAAAGCCACUCUGUCUGGGCAGCAGUGGUUCCUGCCGAGGCUACUUUACAGGCCACAUCUUGGGAUUUGGAGAAGACGAAUUAGGAGAAGUGUACAUUUUAUCAAGCAGCAAGAGCAUGACCCAGACGCAUAAUGGAAAACUGUACAAGAUCAUAGACCCCAAAAGACCUUUAAUGCCUGAGGAAUGCAGAGUCACAGUUCAACCUGCACAGACCCUGACCUCGGAUUGCUCUCGUCUCUGUCGGAAUGGCUACUACACCCCCACGGGCAAGUGCUGCUGCAGUCCAGGCUGGGAAGGAGACUUCUGCAGAGUUGCCAAAUGUGAGCCAGCAUGUCGUCACGGAGGUGUCUGCGUCAGACCCAACAAGUGCCUCUGUAAGAAAGGCUAUCUUGGUCCUCAGUGUGAACAAGUGGACAGAAGCAUCCGCAGAGUUGCCAGGGCAGGUAUUCUGGAUCAGAUCAUUGACAUGACAUCUUAUUUGCUGGAUCUCACAAGUUACAUUGUAUAGUUUCUGGGACAGUUUGAAUAUUCCUUCCUGGUGGGCAUUUAUUUUGAUCUUGUCAUUAAAAAGAGAGACUAUCCUCCCGCUACACACUCCCAUGAGUUCAUUUUCAUUUAGUAAUUUAAAAGCAGUUUCCAGAAAUGUGCAGAUUUCAGUGUGUAUGUUGGCACAUUUGUUCACAUACACGCAUCCACACGUGCACUCACAGGCCCCAAACUCAAGGUUGUAUAACAGAUUUUUGUUUUGUUUUGUUUUUUAAUAUCUACUUCCUGGUGUGGAGUACUUCAUACAGAAGUUCCGCUGUGAAUUAUCACAGAGGUUUUUAUGGCAUCAGAAGAUAUUCUUUUAGUUCCCGGGUAAUUUCUGUCUGUAAUUACUAAAGUUGACCAUGGUAGUGUUUUGAAAUGUGUUGUGCAAUGUGGUGGAAAUAUUUUUAUAUUAAAGGUCUAUAAUAAGAGAGCAUGUUUCCAAACUCCUUGGUGAAUUUCUGAACAAGUAAUGUGAUGUAAGUUUGUAAUCUGCAUUUCUGUUGACAUAUCUUGUUACAGAACGUUGCACACUUACCUUUUUAUUUGGCAGAGCAAUCUGGUUACUUCAGCUUAAUCUCAAGAUGGUUUUCAAAUGUUUUAUGAUUAAAUCAGAAUGACCUAUUUGAAAAAGCAAUUUUCCUGAAUGGACUGCUUCUAGUGUACAUUUUGUGUAACAAUAAGCACUGGGUUUGUGUUGCAUAUUUAUUUUUUUUAUUUUAUUUUUAUAAUAUAGACAUCACCUAGAUGAAACACCUUUACCCUGUCCUGUAAAAUACUAAAGUUACAUUUUCACCAACUUAAUUGGAAAGAAGGAGAGUAAGAAAGCAAACAGCCUUUAACGUGCUGUGGAUCUAAUCUAGUUUCCUUGUGUCAACAUGUAAUCACGCUGGUUGGACGAAAAGCAAGAAAAAAGCCAGUCCUUACAGAAUCCCAGCUUUGCACACUUGUAACAUGCUCUCACCAUAGCAAGACUGUCAGAGUCUGUGGGAUUAGAAGGUUCCAGUGUGCACUCUGAAUCCGCCCUCCAUGGAGAAGAGCUUGCUCAUUCACAGUCAACGCAGGCUGUGUGUAAGCUGCCAAACACACAGAUUCUUAAGAUCUUCAUUCUUGGCAAAUCUGACUUCUACUACAUAUGUUCCUUCAGGAUGCUGUGACAAUACCCUUUGGUUCUUGCCUCAAUAAAUUUUCUGCAAAUGUUCUGUUCAGAUUUUCUUAAAGAAAUGAUGUACUCUAACUUUAAAUACAAGAGUCUGACAGACAUUUUUUUAAUGGUUUUCCAUUUGCCAUUCUCUCCAUGUUUGGAUUUUAACUAAGUAUAAGGGAUUUUGUACUACUGACCAUGAUAAGCACACACCCUCUACCACAACAUGCAUUCCUCUGGAAUCCAAAUUGUAGACUCACCGAAGUGUUCAGUACUGGCUGCUAUUGCACACAUGCGCCUCAUCCUUAGGAAUAUGAGUCUUAAUUAUGAAACAACAACAGGCUCCCAGCUAGUAUUCUUCUGUUGUGAGAGAGCUGCAAUUACAUUGUGGAGUCUAAGGAAUUCUAAGGAAUCCACGCCAUGGAACAAUUGGUUGUUUCCACUGCUCCUGUCUUCCAUAUAUGAUACCUUGGGUUUCCAGUGACCUCAUACCAAUGGAAAUGGGUUGAGAAAUCUUGGUGUUUAGUGAACAAUAGCCUGCAUUAAAAAGUGCAUGCAUAAUUUUGCACAAUUUAGGUUCAAUUGACAGUCUAUUCAAAGAAGUCUUGGGACUAAAUGAGCAUGGAGACCAAAUUGCCCUCUUACCCCAGAAAAGGGGUGGUCCCUUCUGGUCUCAGCAGCACUUCAUUGGCCCAACACUGUGACAAAUCUUGCAAUGAACCAUGCAGUAGCCUGCAUCUGUAGGUUAAUAGCAAUCUUUUGUCUCCGUUGCUUUCUCUUCAUAGUCCUUUUACUGAAUUCCAUCACAGAAAGUUUUACAAUUUCAAAAAAGGAAAAACUGCCCUGACAACCUUAUUAUCAAAUCAUCCCUUAUUCAUUGUGGGUGACAUUGGCAGAAUGUGAACAUCUCGUGAAGAAGCCAGCUGUCUAAAUCUGUCAAAUCGUACAGUUUUAUUGCACAUACCCCCCAUUUAUAGUUUGAGCAAAAACAAGAAGGAUACCCCUGGAAAGCCAGCGGAGUCUCAAAGCCCAAGUGCUUCUUUCACAUCUUAAAGAGAAGAUGUUCCAUUGGGAGGCCUUCUACUCAAACAACCUAGAUGAAGCUGGCCAUCCCAGAGCUGCUUUACAUAUAACCUUUUCUCAAGUGACUUAGUGAUCAUUGUGUACCCCAGAUGCCAUUGCCUUUUCUAGAAUGAGCUAUUCAAAUGAAAUACCAAAUUCUCUUUAAAGAAGAUAGUAAGAUCCAUGGAUAUUUAACCCAAGCAAAGAAAGUCCCUAGACUUCUUUCUUUCUGUCCUUAGGAGAAAAAUAGAUAGCAAUGAUUGAUGGAUGACUGUGUGUUUUAGACUAUGUGACCAAUUCCAAAAUUUUCUUUGACCUAUUCCUUGAAGCUGAUUUUUAAAUGUAUGACUGGGGAUUAUCACAAAUGAUUUGUGAUAGAUAGAUAGAUAGAUAGGAAAUGGUUUAAAAAGUGUGAGCUAAGAAAAAUAAAUGUUUAAUCAUUUAAAGGUCAAAAUCUACCCAUCUAACAAAGUACACAAUCUAAAAUGGAAGAAUGAUGUCAUUCACGUGAAUGCUAAUGUGUAUGACAGUUACUGUUGUUCCCUGUCCAUCCUAGAGCUUAAGCUAGAGUACCAGCUGAAUGUGAAGUGACCUUCCCACCGGUAUCGUUGCCAAACUUUUGCCCUGAUUCAAAGCAUGUAAAGCAAUGAUAGGAACUAAAUUGGCAUAUAAUAAAGUGAAAAGGGGGGACAUUUAAGAAAGUUCAGUGACAACAAAAAUCUUUCUGUCUAUACCUUUUCAUCUUAGAAUCUUACUUAAGGUAUUGGAAAAUAUUUCACAAGCUUUACUCAGAAGUUUCUACAAUUUAACUGAUCAAUUUCAUGAAGGGUAGGCAAAGAAAUGUACCCAUGUCUACAAAACCCAGCUAGAAAACUAUUUCAUUAUCAUUUGAAUACCUCUGAGUAGUCAUGGCUUUCCUGUUGACUGUCUUGGGAUAUCAUACUGCUAUUUAGUACAUUUGUUUCUGACUUUUGUUUUAAUAUCUGAACCACAAAGUAGCUAACAAAUCUACUCAGGAUGAGAAAUGAGGUGAGACGCUGGGCUGAGGUCUUCCCAAGCACACACUAAUGUGUAAGGAGUCGCUCUACUUUCUCUUGGCACAUGAAAGAAGUCCAGUUUAAGUUGGUGAGGGGAGGAAGUAUACCAACCAGAUUAGAGGAGGUGCAUCAUCUUACUUCCUUACUUCUGUCUAGAACAUUACCUAAGGUCUCUCUCUCUCUCACCCUUCUCUACUCUCUCUCUCUCUCACCCAUAUCUCUCUACCCAUCUCUCUUUGAAUCUUGUCUUCCUCCACUUUCCUGCAUUUUAUGUUGCUUUUCACUAAACAGACAUAUCAUGAGUGCCCAUCAUGAAACCUGGGACAAAUACCAUUUUUGUGGAGUUUAUUUUCCUUUGUUUUCUCUCCUGGAGUCAAUGUUGACUUCAUUUCCAUAUCAUUGAGAAGAGCAGAGAACCAGCAUACCGGGUUAGUCUACUGCAGUCAUGAAAGGAAUGAGGAAAAGCGCACAUAUCCACCAGUGGAAGUGCCCCAUGUCAGUCCUCUAGCAAAAUCAGAGGGAAAACAAGGAUCUUCACCCUAGUAGAGAGCUUGAGCUGACAGGAGGGACAUUCCUAGCUAGUUCCUACCAAAGUGACAACCAUCUCCACAGAGUCUACUUUGAAGAAAGCCAUUCCAAGUCCAUGUGAAAGGAAGCUAGCUAGUGUCCUGGUGAUGACAACCUCAGACACUUAUCCUCCCUGCCAUGAGGUCCUCAUGUCAGAGAAUGCAACCAAAUUUAGAUGCCCAGAAAAUGAACAUAUUUUUAUUCCCUGAGGAAAUCAGUGGCACUGUUUCUGGGAAUGCCGAUGGAUUCCCAUCAGAAAGUUCCUCUUUCCAUAUUUGAGACAUGCAUUAGCUCUCUUUCUUUGUCAUGCCAGCACAAAUUGGCCACACAUCUGAUUGGUAGUAUGACGUGAGAUAAGAUAGGAAGCCCAAGAGUAGACACAUACAGAUGUUGAAAACAUGUUCUUGGAGCCUGUCAGAUGCAGGUCUCGCCAAGUUCUGCCUAUCUUCCUUGUUUCCAUCUCCUCUGAGUAACUUCUGGAAUGGGCUUGAGGUUGCCUUCUAGGGGAGUGCAAAGGACUCAUGGGAAAAUGAAGGGGAGUAACCUGCUUGAUUCCAAUUCUAGUAGCCUUGGAGAGAUUCAUUUAUUUAUGAGUUGGCAUUUUCUUAAGUUCUAUUAAGUAUGAAGCUAAGAUCUACCCAUCAUUUACCUUGUUUUCCCAUGCAAUUUAUGUAGGGCAUGUAUAAACCAGUUGGAAAGAUGCAACUAAGUAAUAGAUUCCUCACAUCAAUAAAAAGCCUUAUACCUAAAACUUCUCAUUUGUCAGUCAACAGCAAAAUUUUAAAAAAUGGCACCAAUUCAGCAUUCAUUCUAAAGUAAUCUUUCAUGCACAUCACAAAGUAAGAUGUUACUGUUUAUUCAGGGUUUUCUUUUUUGAAUAUGUAUUCUUUAUAGAUUUGAAAUACGUAUGCUGGCAAGUGAACAUACCUAUAUAAAGUAUAUUAUCUCAGUUGGCUAUUGUCUUUUAAGUAAAAAGAAUAACUUUUUAUCUUCUAAUAUAUAUGUAAUCUAAUGUAUAUAUUUAAUUUUUCUCUAUAGUCUAUGUAUAUUAUAUCUCAAUAAUAUAUGUACACUAUAUAUUGUGAUGGGAAAUUCACAGUUGUCAAAUACAAUAUAAGCUUUUUCUUCACAGUUAGAAGUUCAUUCUUGAUAAUUUCUGUCUGUACUGAAAAUAACUAGUCAGUAGUUUCCAUUCACAUGAAGAAGGUAUGAUUAGGCUUGGUAUGGUCUGUGCCAGAAUAAACAUUGGAUGUUUCUUUAUUCCACAAUCUUAAAAUCUGAGCAUGAAUUUUCUGGAAUGAACUAAGAAUCCAUGUUCAGAGGGUUUAUUUCACAAUAUUAUUUUUUGAGAAACUAAACUGACAGCCUCAUGAGAUAUCAGAUAUCCCCAUAUCUUAUUCUAGCCAGCAGAUGUGUGUGGACGUGCGUGUCACUAAGAACCAUGAAGUAACAGUAAUACUGAAGUACUGUAGAAUUUUGGAAACUUGAUUCCCUGGAACAUGCUGCAACAGACUAUUAUUUAAAAUAUAUCUGUCUAAUUACAACGAAAAAAAUUAUUGAAUCAUGGCCAUAAGCAUAAAAGAAUUCUAAUAGGAAAACCUUGUGUCCUCCUUGGAUUUGUCUGUGAUAGAUUUUGUUAAGUGCUAAGAGGUGGUUUUGUGUUCCAUUCUUCUCACGUUUUGGUGUUUUGAGUUGUCUGUUUCCUUCAGGCUAUUGACAGUUAAAGCAGUCUGUCCAUAAUCUUACAGGACGUUCAGAACCAAUUCAUCCUUGGGUUUCUGUUAAUAAGAGGCAGCAGAGAGUAGGAACAGUUAGUAAACCCAGAUGCAAGCUGAAAGGAUCAGAACUAGUAUAGGAACUACUCUGAUUUCUAAAAUGUUCUAAAAAUUAAUAUGCACAAUUACUGGUUCACACAAUCCCCCCGAGUUUGGACAAAUCUGGUUCACUAAAUCAGUUUGUAAAAAUAUGCAGUGUUCCUUGAUUGAUCUUCUACUAUUCAGUCACCCGUCUCUUCAUUAAUGCAAUAUAAAUGCUGAAGUGCCUUGCAUACUUUCACACUGCAGAGAAGGCAAGGGCAUCCUCCAGCGCAGGGCUGUACAUUCGCUGGGAUGGUUAUCAUGUGUGAAGCAAAAGAGAAUCUCACAUCCAACUAGCCCCAGUUUGGCUCAGCCUCAGACUCCAGCAGUAAUACAGAUGGACAGAUGGCCUCAAGUACAUCUGUGUGUAUCUGUGCAUGAGCACACACCCAUGUAUAUAUAUAUAUUUAUCUAUCUGUACAAACACUACAUAUGUAUACACACUAUCUAUGUAAUAUAUGAUAUAUGUAUAAUGCAUAUAAAUUCUAACAAGUGUAUUUGUGUUAUCUUUAAAAUAGAACAACUGUAUCUUGAAGAAGUGGUAAAUGCAGAGAAUUGGCUUUAUUGUUGAUCUGUGGAUUUAAUGUUUUUUAGGUGAAAGGAUGUUUUAAGUGUAUAAUUUCUUUUCUUAAUUUAAUAUAUUUAUGUAAAUGCAUGCCUGAAAUUUGAUUAGAUUGGCUGUGUUUUGUGUCUUAACAUGAUCAAAUGUAUUAAACUUUAUCUUAUGACUUCA